AUGUAUGUAUAUUUUGCUUCCUUGCAGUCCUUGAUUUGUUUUCCAAUAUCAUUUGUCAUAUCAAAGGACUUUUCUUGAAUGUUAUAAAAAUACAUAGACUUCUGAAAGGAUGAUUCAAUUUGUCAAUCUGAUGUGGUGCCUUCUUGUGGUUGUUUCCCUAGCCCCAAAAGCCUUUGGUGACAACAAAGUGGUGUUUCAAUUUCCCGAAUAUGACUACAAAGAAACGAGUAAAAAUGAGCUAGCGUUCCGAGAGUUUGAAUCGGCAUGCGAUCAGAGUGCCCGAUGUUUGACGCUCGAAGGCAUUGAAAAGACACGAUGCGUACGGGAAUGUGUGUCCCCUUCUUGCUAUAAGGAAAUAUACAAAUUUGAUGAGCUAGAGGAAGGCGAAAUAGACGUACGACUGAAUUCCUUCCGAGCGUGUUUCAUGCAGCGAUUGAACAGAAACCGCGGAUAAAUCAGUUAUGAUAAGGUCUUGUUCUCAUAUUUCACAUUAACUUACGGUCACCUCAAUAAAACUAAAUAAAAAA